AUGGAGUCGUUGAAGAGUGCCGGCUCCGCGCCAGCGCCGCCCACGGCGCGGCCUCACGUCGUGCUGCUGGCCAGCCCCGACGCCGGCCACCUCAUACCGCUGUGCGAGCUCACUCGGCGGCUCGUCGAGCACCACGGCUUCUCGGCCACGGUCGUCACCUUCCACAGCCUCUCCGAACGGCAAACCCUCCCCAGCAGCCUCCCCGCCGCCGUCACCAUCGCCCCGCUCCCCGCCGUCCAGAUCGACGACCUCCCCGCUGAUGCUCUCCGUCCCACCGUGCUAGUGGAGCUCAUCCGUCGCUCCCUCCCGAGCCUCCGCACCCUGCUCCGCUCCAUCAACUCCACCACCCCGAUCGCCGCGCUGGUGCCGGACUUCCUCUGCUCCACAGCGCUGCCCCUCGCCGCCGAGCUCGGCGUCCCCGCCUACAUCUUCUUCACCACCAACAUAAACCAUCUCUACUUGGUACACCGCCUGGUGGAGCUCCACGAGGGCGCUUCCCCUGGCGAAUAUCGAGCCAUCACGGAUCCUCUCGAGAUCCCCGGGGGAUUGUCACUGCGCCGCGCAGACCUGCCGGAGGGGUAUCGUUCUAGCGAGGAGCCGGUUUACGCGCGGCUGCUCGCGGCAGGCCGGCGAUACCGCCUUGCCCAUGGAUUCUUGGCCAACAGCUUCAGCGAUAUGGAACCUGCCGCCGUGGAAGCGUUCAGGCAGGUUGCGGAGCAAGGCGCGUUCCCGCCGGUGUUCCCCGUGGGGCCGCUGGUCCGGUCAGAAUCCGACGAGGAAGCUGCUGCUGGCGCGUGGCCCUUGCUCGAAUGGCUGGACGGCCAGCCGGCGAGGUCGGUGGUGUUCGUCUCGUUCGGUAGCGGCGGGACUCUGUCCGUGGAGCAGACGGCCGAGCUUGCCGCUGGGCUAGAGGCAAGCGGGCACAGGUUCCUGUGGGUGGUGCGGAUGCCGAGCCUGGAUGGCCGCUCUCAGGCCUUCGGAGCUGGCGCCGACGACGACGACCCACUGGCGUGGCUUCCACAGGGUUUCGUGCAGAGGACCCAGGAAAGGGGCCUCGCUGUGGCGGCCUGGGCGCCUCAGGUGCGCGUGCUGUCCCACCCGGCGACGGCGGCCUUCGUGUCCCACUGCGGUUGGAACUCCACGCUGGAAGCCGCGGUGGCCGGCGUGCCGAUGAUCGCGUGGCCGCUGCACACGGAGCAGAGGAUGAACGCGUUCCUGCUGGAAGAGAGCCUCGGGGUGGCGCUGCGACCACGCGCGCGGGAGGACGGCGGCGUCGUGGCGCGCGAGGAGGUUGAGGCCGCCGUGAAGGAGCUCAUGGAGGGGGGUAAAGGGCGCGCCGUGCGGCGCCGCGCUGAGGAACUGCGGCAAGCGGCGGCGCGCGCUGUGUCGCCGGAAGGGUCGUCGCGCCAGGCGCUGGAGGAUGUCGCCGCCAAGUGGAAAGCCGCGCUUAGCCAUGGGCCAUGA